CAGCAGCCCACUGUCUGGACAGGCAUUGGGAAUAGUCAAACCGAAUAGGCGAAUCGCGAGGGAAGAAACACAGCGUCCAUAAGACGCUCGUAGUACUAAAUAUAUCCUCCAAAGGGCUUUAUCGCUGAUCUCCUCCCAAAUCAAAGAUCGCCGCCAUCUCUCCCUUCCCUCUGAGGAUGUUUAGCUUGUUGUCACCAUAGUGCAGCAGACAUCACAUCAACAUAAACAGACGGUGGACAAUUAUGCCGCUCUUACUCAACAUCCCCACCUCAAAGCCUAACUGUGGCUCUGUCUGGGUCGCCUUUGUUCUGUUUGGCCUCUCGGCUCUAAAUACUCAAGCUAAAAUUGUCCUAACUGUACCACAGCAAGUGAGGCUUUCAGCCAACUUUUCCACUCAACAACUAACUAUUUCCUGGUUUGGAGGAGAGGCCACGACCUUUGACUUCAACAUUUUGAGAACCGAAUUCAACGAAACUGUAUUUUAUAACACAGCACCAGCAGUAGUGAACCAGGAUGGCGGUUGGUACCAAUGGAACUGGACUUCUGUUGAACCUCUGGAGUGUACAUCUUUAUCGGUCAAAAUCCGCUCAAGAGAUGGAAUAACAAAAAGUGAAUGGAGUGAACCUCAGAUCCUGGAAGGAAGGGAUCUCCCGAGCAACAGGGGUCAUCAGAUGUAUCCUCAAGACAGAGUCGUGCCUGUAGGGGCCAACACAACCUUCUGUUGUAUCGUAGAGGAAGGACAGGAGUUUAGAGACCUUCUCUACGGCUCGACAAAAAUGAACGUGAAACGUUUGAGUCGACGAAGUUAUGCCACCACCGCUGUUAACCAGAACUUAUCUGGAACAACUGGGACGAAUGUUUUUUGUCGUUUCAAGGACCUGAACAAACUGGCAGGAUCGGUCGUCUUUGUCGGAUAUCCACCUCGACCCACCAACUUUGAGUGCAUAACUCAUGACUUGACCUCAGCUGUGUGUUACUGGGAUAGAGGACGAGACACCAACCUGUAUGGCAGGAGAAAAACCAUAUACUCCAUAAAUAAGAGGGACUUUCCUGUCGGCAAGUGUGUGCUGCCUCAGUGGGACGGUAACUGGACUCUGGUGGCUGUUAAUUCCCUUGGCCAGUACAGUCUGACUUACUCAGCUGAACUUCUUCACAGAGUGGUGCCAGUAGCACCGGAUAAGCUGGCUGACACUACCCAUGCCUGGAAUGCCACUGUGCAGUGGCAGUGGCCAUACAAUAGCUAUUCCACCCUGGCUCUUGUCUGCCAGGUGCGACUAGUCAGCCGCAAUAUAUUGCUUAGAAAUGUCUCAGGUGUGGGUCUCCGUUCUGUUUUCCUGCCUCACCUCCACCCUAACACCAAGUACAGUGUUCGAGUCCGCUGUGGAUCCCAGAAUCACUUCUUUAAGUGGGGCAACUGGAGCAAAGAAUUUUACUUCACAACCAGAUCAUAUGCUCCUGAAGCCCCCGAUGUGUGGACGUGGAUGAACAGAGACAACACUGUGCGUGUUAUGUGGAAGCCUCUGACGCAUUGGCAGAGCCACGGUGUGCUCACUGGAUACGAAGUUACUCUCUGGAACCUUGAAGAAAAUGAAAAACAAACCAGUAAUUUAUCUCCAAAAGAUAAUUCUUUGAACCUCACGCAUUGGGCUUCAAUCACCGGUGAUAAGAAAGCCAUUGCAACAGUGAAGGCAACGAAUGCGAAUGGGAUGUCUCAACCUUCAAGCAUAAUGUUAGGUGUAAUAGAUGACAAGUCCGCUCCUUUGGCUCAGACGAGUUAUACCAGCAGUGGUUUCACUUUGAGCUGGCAGCACAAUGACAACAGAACAUGUAGUUAUUUGGUUGAGUGGUGUGAGGCUGUGUGCACGCCAGACUGCGCUGUGGACUGGAUCAGACUGGACGCUGGAAGCACUCAUGUCUCCAUUAAAGAUUCUAUCGUUAAAUUCCAGCCAGGUGUGAGAUACAACUUCUCCCUCUAUGAGUGCCCAUCAACUUCCCCAGUACUAAUACGGCGCUGGCAAGGAUAUAUUCAGGAGCUGCCCCAGUUUACUUCUGUCAACCUGGAGAUAAAUCAGCAGGACUGCGACGUCGUCCUCAGCUGGGAGGAGAUUCCAUUGGCUGGCAGAAGAGGCUUCCUCCUAGGCUACAAAGUUUACGUCAAGAAUAACUCCAAUUUCACACUACUUGCUGAUCUGAGCCCAGAAAUAAGGACGUACACUGUGAAGGAUCUCCCUACCAGCACCUAUGAAUUCAUUGUCAGGGCUUACGCAUCCGCGGGCGAGGAUACCGUCAGCACUGCUACCAUCAGACUGAAGCAAUGUGCGGAUGGACUGAUUCUGGAGAUUUUGGCUGCUUUGGGAAUUGUGACUCUACUACUGACCAUUGUUAGUUGCUUUUGCUACAAGAAAAGAAGAUGGGUAAAAAAGGCAUUCUACCCGGAUAUCCCUGAGCCCAAGCUGCCUGGUGAUUGGUCCAGGACACAGGGACCUUUGGACGUGAAGCCGUUUCCCCAUAGUAUGGUCCACAUCAUAGAAAAACCCGAGCGGGAUUUUAGUAAGGACACCCUCGUUAUCAUUCCUGAGGAAGAAGAUUAUGAUGGAGAGGGAAUUGGAGACGAACCAGUAGACACGGAUGAGCCGCAGCUGUUGCGUUACUACAACCAGGUGGUGGAUGAGCGCCCCAUUAGGCCGCGGUUUCCAGACUCCUCAGUUUCCUCCUCGUCUUCUAUAGAUUCAGCCAACACUGAUGUGACGUACACAGGUAUCCAGACAUCCCACUCUUCUUUGGUCUUCCCUUCAGAGUCUCAGGGAUUCUCUGAGGGCUUCCAACCACUCUCUUUAAGCAGCGGGGAUAGAGGAGAGGGUUACCACCCACAGAUGCACUCAGUAGCCCUGGGUGGAAACCUAGCAUCUCCUGAGCCCAUUGUGCAGCCUCACCAUGUUGGUUCUGGAGGCUACAAGCCCCAGAACUCCUGGCUUUUAGACUCUCCCAGUGAGGGGGCUGAAAAUAGUCCAGCCCCCUCACUAGGUUCACCCACCUCUGUAGCUUCUACUCAGUUCCUCCUUCCUGAUGGCGAAAGACACGAAGAAAAGAGACAACAACCAUCAGCAGCAGCAAGCUGGUUCACCAACCUGCUGUCAUCUGCAAAACCGUGACAUCAUCUCAUUUUGGGUUAGUUGGGUAAAUCCCUCGUCUUUUCUGUCACCAUUGUCUCAUAUCUACAUGCAAGGAAGAAUCCUCUCACUGUAGCACUGCAUUGUUAAAACUUGCAUCUUGACUGAGUUAAUGCCGUUCAAGGUGUCUUUACUAAAAAAUCCAAUAAUUAUACAAGUUAUUUUGUUCCCACUUUUCUUUUUAGUGGGAUAUACAUUAAAAUGUACAUGAGAAAAUGGAUUUUGUCAACAGAUAUCUACAAAUUUGCAGUCAUGUCUGUGCUCAUAAGACGGUUAAUGCCCCCCCAGAAAGCCUGAAAGUUUUAAAUUAUUUUAAAAGCUUAUUUGUAUGAGAUGCUGUGAUGGCCAAUCAUCUUGCAUUUGCAGGUUAGUUUUUGUUAUGUAAAUAUCUGGAGUCCUCUAAAAAAAACUGGGAGCAAAAAUAAGUUUCUCUGAAAGCACUAAAAAAUUAGAAGUCUUAAACACUAGAAACGUGGGGUUAAUGCAGUGUUUAAAGUUCUAUUUGUGCAUAUUCUACAAUAUAUGCAUUUAAAUUAAAGUCUGGUGUUUAUUCUGAGCACAAUGCAAUAGACUUAUUUUAGCUCAACAUUUAGACAAUUUCUAAAACCUGAACUAAUUAAGAUAUUAAAUGGCUUGUACUUGUACAGCGCUUUAUCAACUCCAGAGGAACCCAACACUACUAGGCGCUUCACACCACAUUCACACACACACAUUCACACACUGAUGGUGGCUAGCUACUACACUGUAGCCACUGCUGCCCUGUGGCAGUCUGACAGAAGCAAAGCUGCUGUCUUUUCUGCUGUCAACUGAUGAGUUACUGAAAGACAAUGUCAAGUCGCUUUAACAAAGAAAAAAAAUAGUACUAAAGUAGCUUCCUUUUUUUUUAUAUAUAGAUUUUUAAAAAAAUUGCUGUUCUGAAAGAUGCACUUAUAAAGAAGUGGUGCUUUCUAAUGCAGUCUGGACAUGUGGGGGGUUGAACCUUUCGGAUAUACACUACAAUAAGCUAGAAUAUUACAAAUUUAUGUCAUUUAUUGAGCAAACUGUUACUAUUGAGAUUUUUUGUUUUGUCUUCCAUAUCCAGUGACGUUUAUUUUGUUGAACACAUUUAACUUCAGGCCAGUGUGUUUUAAAGCUAUGCUGAGCAUUAUUGAGAUUAUUAUGGGUAUUAAAUGAUCCUUUCCGUGUACAGCGCAUAAAUUGUCUUCAAAACCGUUAUGCUUCCAAGAAUUUGCACCAUUUCACCUUUCACUGCCUUACCCCGAAGUAUUUAAAAUGUUCUGCAGGUAUGCAAUUUACAACUGAUCCAAAAUGCACUGUAUGGAGUUAAAAAUCCUACUUGAGUGUUAUUGUAGAAAAUUUUAUUUAAUCUUUAUAUUUUACUUUUUUUAUGUGAACUACACUACAUUUUAUUUUGUCUUUGAAAUGCAUACAGCCACUUUCUAUUUUUUUAUGGUUGGGGAAACUACAGUGUAUGUCGACAGGGCCUAAAUUGUUAUUGGACUCUUUUGUUUAUCAAAACUUAAAUGGUUGGAAAAAUUUGUUUGGGCAUGACAUCUGAAUUAAGGGGCAAAUAUAGAUUUUCCAGUCGUGCCUUUUCAAUUUUGUUCUGACUUGUAGCUCCAGGUAAUUGUAUAAUUUGUAUCUUAAGAAAUUGAAAGUUUUUGAAUGGAAAGCCAGUGUACACAAGGCAACUGAAAGUGAUAGUAGUUUGGAAACGAACUCAGACGUGUAUAUCAGUUUAAGUGACCAAUCGAGACAAGAAUGACACUAAAUUUGCAGGUCCAAAUUUGAGUUCAUGAAUUUGAAUAUUAAUAUGAUGAUUUGGUAUGAUGCCAGUGAGAAGGAAUAUGCCAUGAGAAAUGUUAUCUUGAGUGCAGUAGCUUGGAGUCUUAACAAACCAGCUACGUUUCUGCUAUGAGCCCAGUCUGCUUGUAAUUUGCGGCAGUGAUUGUUUUGGACAAAUCUUUGAAUCUAUGCGAUUUCUGACCAGCAUUGUUACUCUGAUGCCCAAAACGGUCAUCACUCCCAUUUGUCCAAACAACUGCGUCACCAGUAGUUAUACAAAUCUAAAUUUUUUUCUACACGUUUUAAAUGUUGGGGUAAAACUCCACUGCAAUUAUAUUGCAGUCAAAACAUUAUUAUCUGGACACCAUGUGUCACUUCACCCACUCUCAUAGUGCCUGUGAUUAGUUGCCCCCAUAGGUUGUUAGGCAGAAAACAUCACUUCAAGUAGGAGGUGGAAAAGAUAAAAUACUCAUACAGCAGCUGUAACUAAAUCAUCUAUCCUUCAUUUGGCUCAGACACAAAGAGAAAAUGCUUAGUUUAGUUUUUCUGGUUAGACAUAUAGAGGAAACAUUUGGAGAAAGAGUUGUUGUUUUAGUUAGAUCUGCAGCUAUUAGCAGGUGUUUGUACUGACGCAGAAAACGUAAAACUAAAAUCUUAGCAAAAGCAAUUAUUUUCCUAGCUAACAAUCUGUACCUCGCAAACUACACCUGCAUUUAUCUUGAUAGUCUUGCUGUAAACUUCCCUCACGUAGCUACAACAAGAACAGUUGGGUCUUUUCCCUCAGGUUUGUGUUGACGUUUUACUUACAUUUGAAAUGUUUAAUUGUUAAAUAAUCCUGGGCCAAAAAUUGUUUGCCACUAAGAGACAAUAUUAUGACUAUUCUUUUCCGUUCACAGAUAUGGUUAGGAUAUUUCAGAUAGCUGUUUUUUUUUUUAAUUAAUUUUAUUUGCAAGGCAAAUCUUUUCUGUUUACAUGACAGGCUUCAAGAUGGCAUCAAUGAAAACAUUGUUGUCAAUCAUGUGGAAGUGCCUCCAUGUUUUCAUGUUUUUUUUUUUUAAAGACUUUCAGUUUCAGGUAGUGCAUUUUUGAAAGUUCUUAUCUGCUUAGAACAACUGGAAGGCCUAUCAAGAUUUCUAUUCUAAGCUUUUGGGAUUUUAGGUUUCCUUUCUCAAAAAUAUAUUUGCCCUUUAAAGAGAGUCUGUAUUUGGUAAAGAUGCACCAUUGGUGAGGCUUUGCUAAAGUAUCUGUAGGGAAUGUUUAUCCUUUGGGUAAUACUUCUCAAAUUCUCUGGAUUCCCUAUUGUUUCUCUUUUUUUUUUUAAGUCGGAAUGGAUUCUUUUCGACUGACGGUUGUAAAUUACUUUAGUGCCUCCAGCCAACAAGCUUUAACAAAAAUGACUGUGACAUGGAAACACUAUUAAAGGAUGUUUUUACAGUUGAGAUACUGGUAAGGGGCAAUCAGCAAAGUUUUUUCACACUUGCAAACUUUUUCUUUAGUUUGUAAAACUGAUUAAAAAGAUAUGAGUGUGCAAAAAUGGCUGAUUACCUUCAAAGUGUCAUUAUUGAUUGUUACAGAAUUUUAUUUAAAUGGCAACUUUAAAAAAAAUGUUUAUAUGGAAGUAACUGAUUUCUUUCCUUCUCAUGACAAAAUGUUAUACUUUAUCAGAUAUAUUGGAGAUUAAUUGAAAUAUUUUUUUCAUGUAAUAAAAUGUGAAGUUUUAAAAAAAAAAUCAUAAACCAACUUAAUACUGUGUAGCUGAACUUUCUCUUUAUCAUAUCACAAACUAAUUUUUAAUCAGUGUAGAUGUGACCAGAAAAGUCAUCAUUGAUGUGCGCAUAUUAUUUUUCUUUCAAGCACAUUUUUUUUGUUUGCUAGAAAUUGCCAUCUCUGGGGAAACAGAUAUGCAGGGUCCACUUGCUGUCUAACAUCUCAUUAUUAGCUAAAUAGUUUUGUGAACUUUAUGCAUGCUACAUAAACUGUAAAUACAAAACAGUGGCUUUGUGAACCUUUAAAAUUGUUAACAUUUUGUCAUAUUUGGCUUUAAACACUAACACAUUGCAUGAUAAUGUGACUUAAAUGUUAUCUGUUAAACCAAUUUUUUCCCCCCUGGAUAUCUGUAAAAUGUAGAGAGUAUAUUGCAGAAUAUUUUAUUAAGGACCUGAUUAGUGUAGAAAUUGCUUCUGAGUGAAUGUGUAAUUGUAAGAAUCAAUACCACAGAUUGCUAUCAUUCUUGUUUAAAUUUUAAUAAAUUGCUUUUUGUCUGAACACUU